AUGAACCUCCAGGCCCAGCCCAAGGCUCAGAACAGGCGGAAGCGUUGCCUCUUUGGGGACCAGGAACCAGCUGCCAAGGAGCAGCUCCAAUCCCUGCAAGCACCACAGCAGCCCCCGGCCCCUCCACCGUCCAGAGUGAAGGAGGAGCCUUACUUUGCGCACGAGGGUCCAGCAGGGGCUGCCCCCGCCUCCCUCCCUUGCUUUGUUGCGCUUCCACCACCUGUGGACACGUCCCUAUAUUCACUGAACUCCGUGGUGUAUGGGUCUGAGCGAACCAUGUUGUCUCAGCAGGUGGGCUCGGUCAAGUGGCCCAACUCUGUGAUGGCUCCAGGGCGGGGCCCGGAGCGUGGAGGGGUUGGGGGUGUCAGUGACAGCGGCUGGCAGCAGCAGCCGGGCCAGCCUCCGCCCCACUCGACAUGGAAUCGCCACAGCCUGCCCCUUUACAGUGGACCCAAGGGAAGCCCUCAUCCUGGCAUGGGGGUCUCCACCUACUAUAACCACCCUGAGCCACUGAAGCGGGAGAAAGCAGGGGGGCCACAGCUGGACCGCUUUGGGAACGCUGUGCGGCCAAUGGUGCCGCAGAAGGUGCAGCUGGAGGUUGGGCGGCCCCAGGCACCCCUGAACUCUUUCCAUGUGGCCAAGAAGCCGCCGAACCAGACGCUGCCCCUGCAGCCCUUCCAGCUGGCGUUCGGCCACCAGGUGAACCGACAGGUCUUCCGGCAGGGCCCAUCGCCGCCCAACCCCGUCGCCGCCUUCCCACCGCAGAAGCAGCAGCAGCAGCAGCAGCAGCAAGCGGCCCUUCCCCAGAUGCAGCUCUUUGAGAACUUCUACCCCAUGCAGCAGCCACCCUCUCAGCAGCCCCAGGACUUUGGCCUGCAGCCGGCCGGACCACUGAGUCAGUCCCACCUGGCUCACCACAGCCUGGCACCCUACCCCUUCCCCCCAAACCCUGACAUGAACCCAGAACUGCGCAAGGCCCUCCUGCAGGAGUCAGCCCCGCAGCCUGUGCUACCUCAGGCCCAGAUCGCCUUUCCCCGCCGUUCCCGCCGCCUCUCUAAGGAGGGCGUCCUGCCUUCCACCACCCUGGAUGGGGCCGGCACCCAACCUGGGCAGGAUCCCGCCAGCAACCUGUUCCUGCACCACUGGCCCCUGCAGCAGCCACCACCCGGCCCCCUGGGGCAGCCCCAUCCUGAAGCUCUGGGAUUCCCACUGGAGCUGAGGGAGUCGCAGUUGCUGUCGGACGGGGAGAGACUGGCACCCAAUGGCCGGGAGCGGGAGGCUCCCGCCAUGGGCAGCGAGGAGGGCACGCGGGCUGUGGGCACAGGGGACUGUGGGCAGGUGCUACGGGGUGGGGUGAUCCAGAGCACUCGACGGAGGCGCCGGGCGUCCCAGGAGGCCAAUUUGCUGACCCUGGCCCAGAAGGCAGUGGAGCUGGCUUCACUGCAGAACACAAAGGAUGCCAGUGGCUCUGAGGAGAAGCGGAAAAGUGUAUUGGCUUCAACUACCAAGUGUGGGGUGGAGUUUUCUGAGCCUUCCUUAGCUGCCAAGCGAGCACGAGAGGACAGCGGGAUGGUACCCCUCAUAAUCCCAGUGUCUGUGCCUGUGCGGGCUGUGGACCCAACUGAGGCAGCCCAAGCUGGAGGUGUUGACGAGGAUGGAAAGGGUCCUGAACAGAACCCCACUGAACACAAGCCGUCGGUCAUCGUCACCCGCAGGCGGUCCACCCGUAUCCCUGGGACUGACGCCCCAGCUCAGGCUGAGGACAUGAACAUCAAGUUGGAGGGGGAACCUUCAGUGCGGAAACCAAAGCAGCGGCCGAGGCCUGAACCUCUGAUCAUCCCCACCAAGGCGGGCACUUUCAUCGCCCCUCCCGUCUACUCCAACAUCACCCCGUACCAGAGCCACCUGCGCUCCCCUGUCCGCCUAGCUGACCACCCCUCCGAGCGGAGCUUUGAGCUGCCCCCCUAUACACCACCCCCCAUCCUCAGCCCCGUGCGGGAAGGCUCCGGACUCUAUUUCAAUGCCAUCAUGUCGACCAGCAGCAUCCCAGCCCCUCCUCCCAUCACGCCAAAGAGUGCCCAUCGCACCCUGCUCCGGUCUAAUAGCACUGAAGUCACCCCGCCUGUCCUCUCUGUGAUGGGGGAGGCCACCCCAGUGAGCAUCGAGCCCCGGAUCAACGUGGGCUCCCGGUUCCAAGCAGAAAUCCCUUCGAUGAGGGACCGCGCCUUGGCAGCCGCAGACUCCCACAAGGCCGACUUGGUGUGGCAGCCAUGGGAGGACCUAGAGAGCAGCCAGGAGAAGCAGAGGCAAGUGGAAGACCUGCUGACAGCUGCCUGCUCCAGCAUUUUCCCUGGAGCUGGCACCAACCAGGAGCUGGCCCUGCACUGUCUGCACGAGUCCAGGGGAGACAUCCUGGAAACGCUGAAUAAGCUGCUACUGAAGAAGCCCCUGUGGCUCCACAACCACCCAUUGGCAACUUAUCACUACACAGGCUCCGACCAGUGGAAGAUGGCUGAGAGAAAGCUGUUCAACAAGGGCAUUGCCAUCUACAAGAAGGAUUUCUUCUUGGUGCAGAAGCUGAUCCAAACCAAGACCGUGGCCCAGUGUGUGGAGUUCUACUACACCUACAAGAAGCAGGUGAAGAUUGGCCGCAAUGGGACGCUAACCUUCGGGGAUAUGGAUACAAGUGAUGAAAAGUCGGCCCAGGAAGAGUUUGAAGUGGAUAUUAAGACUUCCCAGAAGUUCCCCAGGGUGCCUCCUCCUAGAAGAGAGUCCCCAAGUGAAGAGAGGCUAGAGCCUAAGAAGGAAGUAAAGGAGACCAGAAAGGAGGAGGAAGAGAUGCCAGAGACCCAGGAGAAGGCGGAGCAGGAAGAGGGGCGAGAGCGAAGCCGGCGGGCAGCGGCUGUCAAAGCCACGCAGACACUACAGGCCAAUGAGUCGGCCAAUGACAUCCUCAUCCUCCGAAGCCACGAAUCCAAUGCCCCUGGAUCUGCAGGUGGCCAGGCCUCAGAGAAGCCAAGGGAGGGGCCAGGGAAGUCACGUAGGGCACUUCCUUUUUCGGAGAAGAAGAAAAAACCAGAGCCAUUUAAUAAGAGCCAGAAUCAGGAGAAUACUUUUCCGUGUAAAAAAUGUGGCAGGUAA